AUGCUCGGACAUAAGCUAGAGGGUAACCCGAAGACUUGCCCCAACUGCCCUCACGGCAGGUUGUUAUACGACGAGCAGGCGGUUAUCAAGGAGAUCAUUUACCCCGAUGCGGCGGGCCCACUACCGCAGAACACGAGGUCAUACACCCCAGCCUCUAGUCUAAACACUAUCAACGUCCUAUCCAGAUUUGCUAGUCCUAGGUACAUCUCCGGAUGCCUAGACGAAGAGGAUAGCGGCGUGUUCUCCGAGAACGAACUCACGCCGUCAAGCAGUGAAGCCACCACCCCGUCUACAGAAGAAUUCCUUGUGCUCCUAUCUCGUAUCGGUCAGAUCUUCGUAGAGGAACCAGAUGGCACCCUCUAA